AUGGUUCUGAUCCAGGACUACACCCUGACACCAGAGAGGACCAUCCCAGACCAGAUCUUCAUCAACUCAGAGACAGACAGACAGAAAAACCGGUCCGUGAUACCACAGCCUGCCACCGGGGGCGCUCACUCAGAUGAAGAGGAUGAAGAGCAGGAAGAGGAUGAAGACCAGGCCUACGUGAACCGAGACAAUGGGCUAUUGUCGGGAAUUGGCUCCUGCCAGGAAUCCUGCGACGUGUCGGGGAGCAGCAAACCAGUGGCAUCAGCGGACUCUGGGAAUCUGAGCGACAGGAUGUCAGCUGAGGUGGAGGCAGAAGAAGAGUGUGAUGCCCAAGGUGAAGGAGCAGAGGACUCGUUUAUAUCUGGGAGGAGCCAAACAGGAGACACAAAUGAACUGGAGGAGGUGGAGACAGAGGAGGUGUGGGAAAACUCUGGGAGCGUAAACCUGUUCUCAGUCACUCUUGCUGCACUAGAUGGACACAAAGAAGAAGAGGAGGAGGAGGAGGAGGAGGAGGAGGAGGGUGCAAGAGACUUCUUAAAAUCUGAUUUGGAGUCUUUACUUCCCAGAGACACUAAACAUACUCAAGGCCUCAUAGACUCACAAACUGAGACUCAGUCUGAUGAUCUGAAAGCAUCAGACUUUAAUGAAACUGGAUAUGAGGGCAAAUGGACACACGGACGUACAGCCUCCAAAACUGUCAGACACAAAGAGAGGAGGAGGAGGAGGAGGAGGAGGAGUUCUCAGGAUACAUGAGUCAUAGAUGAUAUAUGUUUAUUAGAGCUGCUCCUGACCAAAGAUUUUCUUAUUUUGCCGAAAUGGCAAGUUAAAGAAGAAACAAUAACAGC